AUGCCGUAUACACUGGCACAAGGUGGGUGGAUAACUGUUGUUCUUCUCCUUGGCGUCGCUAUCAUAACAUGCUACACAGCCUUGCUGCUCCAACGGUGCAUGGACUCGGACUCAUCGAUUAAAACCUAUCCUGACGUCGGCUGGCAUGCAUUUGGCCGUAAAGGACGAAUUAUCAUAUCAAUUUUUAUGUAUUCAACGGCCUAUUUGGCAUCGACAGGGUUCUUGUUAUCAGAAAGUGACAACCUGCACAAGUUGUUCCCGAAUGUAGGGUUCAAAUUGGGAGAACAUCACAUUAGAGGAAGACAACUUUCCACAGUACUUGCAGGGCUGGCAAUCUUGCCCACCAUGUGGCUGAAAGAUCUGAGCAUGCUUUCCUUCAUCUCUGCAGGUGGGAAUGUGGCAAUUGUUGUUAUUAUAAGCUCCAUAUUAUGGGUUGGUGCAGUUGAUGGUGUGGGGUUUUCUGCCAAAGGAGAGCUAUUUCGUUUGGGCGGAAUUCCCACGGCUCUCAGCUUAUAUGUCUUCUCGUAUGGCGGUCAUGAGGUGUUUCCCACCAUAUACUCCUCUAUGAAGGAUAAAACUCGGUUCUCUGAGGUUAUGUUUGUUAGCUUUGGCCUUACUACUCUCAGUUACAUGAUCAUGGCAACAAUUGGCUACUUGAUGUUUGGCGAGGAUGCACUAUCUCAAAUUACAUUGAAUUUACCUACAAGUAAAAUCGGCUCCAAGAUCGCAAUAUACACAACGCUUGUGGGUCCAAUAGCUAAAUAUGCACUAAUUAUAUCUCCUAUUCCACAUGCUAUUGAAAAACAUUUACCCAACUCUUGGAACAUUAGGCCAGUUUGCAUUCUUUUGAGGACUAUAUUAGUGAUCAGCACGGUGGUUUUAGGCAUAAUUUUUCCUUUUUUUGGGUACCUAAUGGCACUCAUUGGAGCCUUUUUGAAUGUAGCCGUUUCAAUUUUGAUCCCAUGUGCAUGCUACCUAAAGAUUUUUGAAGCGUACAAACACUGGAGCUUUGACCUAGUCAUUAUUUUGGCCAUUUUUGUCAUGGCUAUCUCAGUUGGUUUUAUGGGCACGUAUUCGUCUUUGAGGGAGAUAGUAAAACAACUUUGA